UCUCUCCGCUUUCUGCUCGAACACACAAGUUUGUGGAAAGAUUUUAAAGUGUGCAGUUGAGCGAAUCGCUAUGCAUUUGGUGAGACAAUGAAUUUAAAACACGCCGUUUCUUUAUUUCAAGUCGAAUGAUCCCAUUGCUCUGAUCUUAAAAUGAGGACGACCCUUUUAAACGGACUAGUCUUUCUUUUUGUCGGACUCGCACAAGGGGCUUCAUUCUAUGGUGAUGGAUUUGUGCAGUUAAAAGGGACAGAGACGUCUAGCCGUAACACACUGCACAUUCGUUUCCGCACCUCCAGCCUGAAUGGCCUGCUUUUCCUGGCUGCAGGGCAGAAUGAUUUCCUGCUGCUUGAGAUGAAUGCUGGCAGACUGCAGGUAAAGUUGGAUCUGGGAUCUGGAGAGCAGAUCCUUCUCUCAGACAGUGGAACCCAGUUGAAUGAUCUGGCCUGGCACACUGCAGAGUUUUUCCAUGACAUUUACAAUGUCACGUUGACUGUGGACAACCAUUCCAAGACCAGCCUGCGAAUGCCAGGUCCAGAGAGAGAGCUGCACAUCAAUGACGGCCUGUAUGUUGGUGGUACUGGAGGAUUGGAUCAGGCAUAUCUGUCCAGAGAUCUCAAUGGUUUCCGUGGUUGCCUCGAUGAAGUAAUAUUUAAUCAGCACAACCUCCUUUCAUCGCUAAGGUCCUACUCAGGGUUCAAGAAUGUCUAUGAGGUUUCCCUAGGAUGCAGCCCUCAGUUUUUUGCCAAUGAAGCUGACCCAAUCAGUUUUUUCAGUUCACGGGCUUAUAUAUCCCUUCCUCCUUGGACAGCACAACAUGAGUGGGCUUUUGAAUGCUCAAUCCACACGUCAGCUGAAGAAGGGAUCAUCAUGUACAAUUCAGCUCGACAGGGAGAUUUUGUCGCUCUAGAGAUCCAGAAAGGUCUCCUUGUUGCAAUGGUCGGUAAAGAUGGAAGUAAAACAGAGCUACGUUCCCUCACCGUCAUCAGUGACAACAAAUGGUCCAACAUUCAGCUCUUUUUCACACCAAAAAACCUCCAACUUACAGUAGAUGGAGAAACCGUAAAGUCCAUCAUUAACUCUAGAUCAAAAACCUUUUAUCUGAAAGGUUCCCUUUUCCUGGGGGGAAUCGAUGACAGCACACGUUCUGAAGUCAGAAAAGUUGGCCUUUCCUCAGUAGCAGGGAAACGUAUUAAAGGUGGCUCCUUUAAAGGAUGCUUCAGAGACAUUAAAAUAAACAAUGUCAAAAUGGGUCUACCCAAUGCUUUGGUAACCAAAGACGUCUCUGUUGGUUGUGAACCUGAAAAGGAGCUGGAUAUAAGCACCACAGUAAGCCCAACAAGCCUUCCCAUAACCCUUGUUGACUCUGUCACUCUGCUGCCACCCACCGAUGUAUCCACCCUAGCCAAAGGUCUUGUCAAGAAGUACGGCCGCACUUUUUUACAGCUUAGGAAUCUUGUUGUCCCAGAAGGUGGUCGGGGAUCCUUGGAUUCAAAGCAUAUUAAAGUAAACCUUGAUUUCAAGAAGCUUGGCAUCCGUCAAUCUCAGAUCAUCUUUAGGAUUGAAGAGCAGCCGGUGCAUGGUCAGCUUAGGCUUGAUGUAGACCAGGAGCAGGCUGAGCAUACAUUCAGCAUGCUGGAUUUGUGGCACGGCAGAGUGAUGUACAUCCAUGGGGGAUCUGAAGACCCACAGGACUUCUUCAUGUUCUCUGUGUCCUCCAGUAGCAGAAAGGAUGUGCCAGGCUAUCUAAAGGGACACAAGUUGUACCGGUUUAAUAUCACUGUUACACCAACCAAUGAUGCCCCUGAGUUGAGUCUACCUGAGGGGAAUCUGUUUACCCUUUUGGAAAACUCCAAGAAGAGGCUGACCACUGAUGUACUGAAAGCCACUGACAUUGACAGCAAUUACACAGACCUCUUUUAUUCUGUGUUAGGGAACCUUAAUGCUGAUGCAGGGUAUUUAGAGAAUGAAGACAAUCCAGGUACACCAGUAACUUCCUUUUCCCAUUCAGCUCUUGUAGACGGUAAGAUGUAUUAUGUCCACACGGGUGUGAGGAACUCUAGGAUUGUGUUGAGGGUCAGCGAUGGUGAGAAGGUGAGCAACACAGUGGUUCUUAGAAUCAUGGCUGUGGGACUUGAGUACAAAAUCUCCAAUAACACAGGACUGGAAGUGAUCCAAGGAGAGAUGUUUCUUUUAAGUACCAAACAACUGGCCAUCUGGACCAAUGCAUUAAAGCAGGUAGUGGAAAUUCGGUACGAUGUGAUUGAGCCACCGAGAUUUGGUGAGCUCCAGAGGAUGCACUCAAGUGGAGAAUGGAAGACUACCAAUUCGUUUUCCCAAAGAGUUCUUGAAAAGGAGCGUUUGAGGUACCUCAGCACCUACCAGUCUAUCCAAACAAGUAAUAGUACAGACCACUUCAAGUGUAACGUAACUGUGGCCUCCAGAGCUACUGAAGAAUUGGUGUUUCCCAUAAAAGUAAAGUGGAUAGAGUACACAAUGAAGAACAAUAAACCUAUAGAGCUGGACAAAAUUACGAGAGCUGUAAUUGACUCAGAGCAUCUGUAUGUAGCAGUACACGGUGUACAUUUGUCUGAGGAUGAGCUUCGUUUUAGAAUAUUGACUUUACCAAAGAGGGGGAUAAUUGAAGUGAAUAAUGCCAAGCUGGAUGUAAAUUCCACAUUUGGUCAAAAAGACAUCACAGAUAUGAAAGUCCAAUACCAACUAAUGGAAAGAUCAUACGAGGACACCAAUGAUGAAUUUGUUUUCCACAUAUUCUCAAAGCAUGCACAUUCAGCUAGACACAUAUUCAAAAUCAAUAUUAAAGCAGAUGUCAACAGCAUUUUCAUGACAAACAAUGGGCUGUCACUUCUUGAAGGUGAAAGUAAACUCAUCACAAAGGAUGAAUUGUUUGCUGAAACUCUAAGCAGUAAAGAAAUGUACUACACAAUCAUAAAGACGCCUCACCAUGGCAAGCUAAUGCGAAUCAACUUGUCCAACUCUACCAAAGACUUUGACAAUAUUAUUUCCUUUACCAAUCAAGACAUUCAUGAGGAGCGUAUAAUGUAUGUUCAUGAUGACAGUGAAACAACUCUUGAUAGUUUUACCUUCAUAGCCUCAACAAGUCCAGGAACAAAGCUUUCUUUAACAGACAAGGACAUUGGCUCCAAGGAAGGCAUGUUUAACAUUUUGAUACAGCUGGUUAAUGAUGAGAAACCCAUCCGCAUUGUAGACAAAGUUUUCCAUGUACUCAGAAAUGGACAGAGGUUACUUACACUUGAUGACCUGUGCUACCAUGACGCAGAUUCAGACUUCAGUGAUGGGCAGCUUGUCUACACCCGACGUGGUAUCCCAAUGGGUGACUUGGUUCUUGCAAAUGACACUUCACAAAAGCUGUACCAGUUUCGCCAAGAAGACUUGGAACAGAAACGAGUGCUGUUCAUUCACCAUGGGUUGAACUCUGGGCGUUUUGUUCUCUUUGUGUCAGAUGGCAAGCACUAUGUGUCCUCUCUGUUGGAUAUUAGUGCACAGGAUGCUUAUUUAAAAACUGGCAACAACACAGGCUUGUUGGUUCAGAAAGGGCAAGCCAAAACCCUUACUAAUGCUAACUUUAGUGUAGAGACAAAUCUUGACAUCCGAAAUGACAAUGAAAUAUUAUUCACAAUCCAGGAGGCUCCGAAACAUGGAGGGCUGUAUUUAAAAGACAGCAAAAUUGAGUCAUUCACCCAGCAUGACCUGAGGAAUUGCUACUUGUCUUAUCAUCAUGACAACAGUAAGAAUCUGGCUGAUGUUUUUACACUCCUGGUGAAAGCAAAGGACAUUUGGCUUGAUGUUAAAAUACAUGUGAAGGUGUACCUGGAAAGCCACCAGAGGCCACCAGUAGUUCUUCAUAACAAAACCUUGCUGGUGGAGGAGGGAAAACCAGUUAAGAUCGAGAGCAAUAAACUUAAGGUGACUCAUGAGGCAAGUUCAGCUUCAGAAAUAACCUUUACUGUCAAAGUUGCUCCAUCUUAUGGAUAUUUACGCCAUUUUAUUGAGGGUAAAGAUCAGUAUCAAGGAACAAAAGAGGACCCAUUAGUGACCUUUUCCCAGCGGGAUGUUAAUGCUGGCAACAUUCAGUAUGUACAGGUGGCACCUGGCCAAGAGAGUGAUUCGUUCACGUUGGAGGCCAGCAAUGGAGUCACAGAGGUCAAUGACAUCAUCAUGUCUGUGGAUAUCAUCCCACGCCUCAUACCCAUUGAGGUGUCCAAUAUCACUCUGAAGGAAGGGGCAUCUAAAGCUCUCACAGAGGACGUUAUCAGAGUAACCAACCCACAUUUCUCAGGCCUUAAUUUUGUGUACUACGUCUCAGAGGGUCCUCUGCAUGGCCGCAUUGAGAAUUCACGUUUCAGAGGGAUUCCCACAACCUACUUUACAAGGAAGCAGGUGGAACAGGAGUUUAUUUAUUAUGUACAUGACAACACAGAGACCUCAGAGGACCACUUCACUAUCACAGCAAAUGACACAGACCUGCGAAAACACAGUGCACCAUGGACUAUGUAUGUCCAGAUCACAGCCGUCAAUGACGAGCCUCCAGUCAUUACAGCCAACAGGGUUCUCAGGGUGUGGGUGGACUCCAUCACAGAGAUCACCCCAGAGGAUCUGAACGCAGAAGAUGAGGACACACUUCCUGAACAGCUGGAGUACAUUAUUACCCAACCGAGCAAUGGUCACCUGGCUCUAAAGACUGCCCCCAACAGGCCCAUCAUGAACUUUACUCAAGCUCACAUUGACCAGCGGCAACUGCUUUUCGUACAUAGUGGGCCGAUGGCAGGAGGCUUCAACUUCCAAGUAAACGAUGGUGUGAACUUUGCUCCCAGGCAGAUAUUCAGUAUUACAGCUCGCGCCCUGGUUCUUAAUCUAGAGAAGGCUGGACCUCUUACGGUGUUUCCAGGUUCCUUAUCCUUGAUUUCAAACAACAUUCUUCAGGCCGUUACCAAUGAUGAUACCGGCCUCUCAAACAGAACCGUUUAUUUUACUGUGAUCAAUCCCCCCAAAUUUGGAAAACUGGUCAGUUUGAAGGCAGAUAAGACCACAACUGAUAUUUCAUCCUUCACACAACAAAUGGUGGAUGAGGGUGAAGUAGCAUAUCAUCAAAUUCAUGGGACGUCUUUAGGAUGGGCGGCACUAGACAAGUUGACAUUUACUGUGUCCUCUCCACCUGCUACGCUUGAACCGCAGACGUUUGAAAUUGACAUUUCAUACGAAAAUAUUGGACCUGAACAAAGUUCAGUGCUCUUCAAAAAUAAAGGUGUGACGGUAACUGAAGGAGAUAAAGUGCUAAUCGACAAAUCGAUGCUGGAUGCAUCCAAUCUCAUGACGAAACAACCUGAAUCCAAGCGAAGCUCUUAUGAGGUUUGGUACCAGGUCACAUCUCUUCCAAAGCAUGGCACCAUCGUCGUUGGGAAACGAAAUCUUACAAAAGAGAAGCCCAAUUUCUCUCAGUUCAUCCUUAAUAAGUAUGGUAUCACAUACCAUCACGACAACUCCGAGACCACCCAUGACUAUUUUGACUUUGAUGUGUAUUUAAACCUAAAGAGCAAACCACCAACCCACCCCCUAGAUCCCUCAGAUGUUGUGUCAGAAUCAUUCAACAUCACUAUAAUCCCCAUAAAUGAUCAACCACCUGUUUUGAAGACCAAAGCUCCCAGCCUCAAAGUCGUUCAGGGAGGCACCGUGGCUAUCAGACCCAACCACUUAAGUGUGGUUGACUUGGACAACCCACCAAGUGAAAUCCAGUACACAGUGAUUAGCAAACCUAGCAAUGGUUUCCUAGCCAUUACAGAGCGCAUGAACGAGUCGGUGGACUCCUUCUCCCAGGCUCAAAUCAAUAAUGGAGAGGUUUUCUUCAGCCAUGAUGGCAGUCCAUCAUCUGGAGCGUUCUACUUUAGCGUCACCGAUGGCCAUCAUCGUCCAUUAUAUAAACUUUUCAAUCUGGAAGUGGUAGAGAUCACUGUUUCACUGGCUAACAACACAGAGGUGCUACUGGCCCAGGGACACACUUCUGUAACCAUCACACGGUCACACCUGGCCGCAGUGACCAAUGGUAAAAACACAACAGUGCACUAUAAAAUCACAGUACCACCAAAGUACGGUAAACUCUUACUAGACGAUGAAGACGUCACUGUUUUCAAUCAAGAUGAUCUCCAGGAGGAAAAGCUGAGGUACCACAUGGUCAGCCUUAAGUCAUCCCAUGAUAACUUUGAGUUUGCAGCCUUCACAACAGAAGCGAAUCUAACUAACCAAGUAGUUAACCUUACUGUCAAACCCCUCAUUAAGUACACAGAAGGGGUAACAUUUGCUAACGGAGUUCGAAUAAAGCUGAAGUCACAUUUGCUGAAUGUGUCUGAACUUGCUUUGUUGAGUGGUAGUGACCCGUUGUUUGAAAUUACCUCACCUCCGGAAAACGGCAGGAUUGUCCGGGCAAUUGGCAGCAAGGGAAAGAAAGUCGAAUCUGUGGGGUCUUUCACUUUUAGUGAACUACAGCAGGAGAAACUGGCCAUUGAGUUGAAGGCGAACCUGACAGGUGUCCAUGAAGUAAAUGAUUCUUUCAGAUUCAUUCUUAAAGCCAACAACGUCCAACCCGCAAAUGGGAUUUUCACUUUCAGCAUUGUACCUCAUGUUCCCACUCUGGAGAUGUCAACAGUAAUCCCAGUGACCACAAUCAGGCCUGGUUUUCGUAACCAAACUGCUGCAUUGAGCUUGUUUCCAUCUUCAACAUCUCCACCUGGGCAGCCGACACAACAGGUGACCAAAUCUGGGUCAAGAUUCAAAGGUCGCAACCGUUGGGGUAAUUCAAACAGCAUUGACAUGGGUACUACUAACCUAAAACCAACCCAUGGGGUGGAGGAGAUUUAUCCCAUAAAUAAUACCCCGGUCAAAGUAGAGUCGGUUUCCCAGACGGGCUCUUCCUCAAACUCAAUGAUCAUCCUUUUGCCUCUUCUUGCUCUUCUGCUGCUUGUCAUCAUUGUGGUUGUGUUGGUGCUGCUAUUAAGACGGAACUGGAAGAAGAAACCAAAGUCUUUAAAGAGUACGUCAGGUGCUCUUGCUCAACCAGAUCAGGACCAGCCACAGUGGACUCCAAGUGUCCCCGUCGUAACCGUCACUCCUCUUACUCCAAGAAAUACUGGAAGUUCAGCCAUAACCAGACUGCAAACCAGAAGUGAGAACUCGCCGUAUGGCACCUCCGUGUCUCUGUGCUCUUUUGGAGACCUGGAGCCUGAAGUUUCACAGCUUUGCAGGACCACCAACCCCACUCUGCGAAACAAUCAGUACUGGGUAUGAACUUUGAUCUUCAGAUUCAUCACUGUACUCUCUGAAACGUGACUGAUUGAAACACUACUUUCAAGUUCUUAAGUCUCAAUGACCUGCUUUUGUUUGAUGUUUUGCAAAAGUUGUUCAUGAUCAAUAUUUUCCCAUUAACCCAAAAACUAGGGAAGAAAACCAUACAGCUGAAGAUUUGGGCAUUACUUCCCAAUUAUGAAAUGCUAGGAAGUUCACUUAAAGGGAUAGUUUACCC